ACAACAUGGCUCUAGCACGCGCCAUCACCUCCAAGUUAAAUGAAAAUUCAAGCAUAGAAGGGAAGUUGACUCUUGCAAAAAGAAUUUUUACUUGCCAGAAAAUAAAUCUCAUAAAUAAAAAGGAGAUAAUUUUAAACUGGCUGUUUGAUAAUAUUGGCCAUUGCUUGAAUAAUGAUUCACCUUCUGAUUCUAACAUAUUGUGGCAGACAUUGCAUGAGCUCUUAGUUCUAGAGCUGGAAUCAACUAACACCCAAGUGAUACUCCUUAAAAGUAACUGCAUUAAAAUUAUAUUAGAAGCACUGAAGAAAUGCUCUCCAAAAGAUGAUGUACUUGUCAUGUUGCAUUGUAUAAGGACAUGUUUAAAGUCUCCAUCUUUAUAUGGGUUGCUCAUUGCUGAUGGAGCUGUUUUGAUUGCUUACCUGUUUGCCAGUCUGGAACUCUUAACCAAAAUUCAUCAAUUUGAGCCUGUGAAUGUACUUGCCCUAAAUAUAGCAAAGUCCUUAGCAAGUACUGUAAUGGAGCUUUCAAAUAGUGUUUCACUCUCCAGUGACAUUUCCAAGCUCUCUAUUUUUAAUAACAAUUUACGAGAAAUAGCUACUUUUAUGCAUAUUGCCACUGGAGACAAAGACAUGGAAUUGUUGAGUGAGAAGAUAUCAUCAAAUAUAUUCAAUAGCAUAGAAACAAAAGACUUUGAAAGUCUUUUAACAGUCACUGAACAUACCCAUAAUAAACCAAAGCGAAAUGCAAGUGUUUUGAAAUUUUUUCGUAUUCUUCAAAGACUUCUCUCUGAAAAGGCAAAUACAAAUUUUGCUCCAGAAGUUGUUGGUGCUACUUUAAUGAAAAAUUUGAUGAUGACAUGCCUUUCUGAAUGCAAAUCUGGUUUUUAUCCUUUCAAGUUUUUAUCUGUGAUGUGUGCUGUAUCAGGUCUAGAUAUUCCUCUUCAAAUUACUGCAAAUUCAUGCUGCUGCUUUUUAUUCAAAAACGAAACUGCUGAAGCAACAGUAAACAUUCUUGCUCUAAGCAAACUUCUUGAAGCUUGUGCCUCUUUUCCUCAAUAUUUCAGUUCAACAUUUACUUGCAUGGAUGAUUAUAUCAAGCCUUUGGAUUGGUUGAAAGGCGUUGAAGCUGCUCUAUUAGAUACUAAUAGUUCUCGGUGUCAAUCAGAGUGGUUUAAGUGCUUUCAACAUCUUUUGAAAAUAUCACCCUCAAUUGUUGAAGGAAAUAUUGUGUCUGUUAUAAAAGGCACACUUUUAGAUAUUCGUGUGCAAAAUGGAAAGGCAAAGAAAGAAUAUUGCAAUUUUUUCAUCUUACUACUGCACGUUCAUUCUCAGUUGCGUCAACUUCCAAAACUGUUUGUCAAGAUUCUACUGGCUUUGACUGAAUGUGUUCAGGAAAAUUGUGCUGAAGUUUACUUAUCUGAGGGACUAAUAUAUCCUUCUAUUUUGAAAUCAGUUGCAAAAUUUGUCCAGGAAAUGCCCUUUGGCCAGUCUGCUGAACUAUGGAAAAUCUUUAUUGAAACUUACACGACAUUUGGAGAUAUGAGUCAAAUGUUUAAGCAGAGUAAAGGUGCCUUGUUUUUUACGGUCCAGUUGUUUUCUACCUUUUUAAUGCAUUCUAAAUUUUUUGAUGAUAGUGUACCAGCAAAUAUUUAUAAUAGAUUUGGUCAACUAAUUGACCUUACCUAUCUUGAGUUGCAGAAAAACAUUGCUAUCCUGCUGGAAACAAAAAAAGAGGUUCAACCAAUUCAGAAUUCUUUUCUUGCCCUGACUUAUGCUAUUGGAGAAGUCAAGAUUGCUUAUGAAGCUUAUGAAGAAAAGCUACAGGAUUCUUCUACACUAAAAUUUCCUGAUCAUGCUCUGGAUUUAUCAGUAUCACUUCCCUUUUUUGAAAGAAAGCAUUCUGUCAUAUUGUUAUUACUGCUUGAGGGAGGAAACAAACUUCAAAGUUUUCUUGUUUUUCGCCUGUUGCUACAAAAAAUCAAGAUACUUGUUUACAAAAAUUCUUUGUUUCAAAAUGAAAGCAGUCACUUGCAGUUGACAAUAUCAGUUAUUUUGAAACAUCUUGAAGAAAAUAAUAGUUCUGUUCUUUCUUGGGAUUUGGAUAUGUGUUCUUUAAACGAACAAAAUUACACAACUUGUUUAUGGAGAGAACUGAUGAAAACGCUUCCUGUUUUCUUAGAGUUUUUGAGCUUUAAAGACCUUUUCUUGCUUUGUGGCUUAAUGCAAGAUGUUUUACAUGCAUCUUCCGAUAGUUUGCAUAAUGAAAUAGAUGCAAGAUGUGUAAUACUUUCCCUGCUGAAAAAUGAAUUUAUACAUGAAUCUAAACAGUUUCAAACUGUUUUUAUCGCAUCUUUGUGGAAGCCCGAAUAUAUACUUAGUAAAAAAAGGACACUUGAAACUGAGAAUGAAUGUCAACGUGUGCCUCAAGAAUUGUUUAGUAAACUAUAUACUAUGCGAAAAAAAUGGACGAAGUUUUCUGAUAGUACUCCUAAGGACCAUGAAGAUAUGAAUGAUUUGUGGCUAAAUCUUAAGGAAAUUUCUGUUGUCUUAAAUGAAAUAUUGGUUUCAAAUAUUAUUAUGGAACAGAAGCUUCAAAUUAGUAAAAUACAAAACGUACUGGAGCUUUUAAAUUGCCUGCCCUUGGAGUAUCUACUGCCCAGCAAUCAACUUCGUUGCAUAAUUGGACUUUCUGUGCUACUGAUCCUAAUUCCUUCCAACUUGGAACGUAUUGAAGCAUUGUUCCUAGUAAAGAAAAUCUCUUUUUUACUAGUAACUAUUAUCAGUGGUGUACGUAGUGUGUGGUUAUUUGAUUUUGUUAAAAGUGGGCCAUUUUUGAAAGUCAUAACAAAUUCACUUGAGAAAGUUAUUAAUCAGGAGGACGACGAUUCCUAUGAGAUUAUCAAAAUAUUUAUUGAUAAAUUGAUUGGUCUAAGCUUAAGUAAUGGGGAAAAUAUUUCUGAAAUGGAAACCUUCGUAAAUGAACUUGCAACUGAAAUGAAAGUUAAGAAAUUUUCUGCUCUUAUCAUGUGUGCUAUAGUGCAAAAAAUAUCACAGAAAGUUAGACGCUCAUACUUACAUGAAAGUUACAGAGCUGCUUGUUCAAGAUUAAUUUCAAUUGCUUGUUCCAGCAUAAUUAAAUGUACUAAAAAGAGCGUUGACAAGGAAGAUAAAGAUUUUAGUUUUUUAUUUAUCAGGUGCUAUAGUGAAAUUUUAGAUAUAAUCAUGUCGGCUUCCUGUGACAUUGAUGAAGACAAACAAAAUAAGUGCUUAGAUCUACUUCCUAAACUUCUUGACACCAGUUUUCAAAAAAUUCAUUUUAGUGAGGAUGAAUCUAUCAUUGAAACAAGUUUGCAAUUUGUUUCGAAAGUUUGUCUUCAUAUGAAAGAACUUACCAAAUUUAUUCAAAAAGAUUUUGUAGAACUGUCAUGGACAGCUACCAUUUUUCACUUGGAGAAGAAAAGCCAAAAUAUCAAAAAAAGGUUUAUGACUUCAAAUAUUUUGCCAAAUAGAGAACAUUUUCCAGUUACUGAUUUUAACUGUAAAAAGUUCAAUCAUAUGUGUCCUGUACUUUUAACAAACAGUGAAAACAUUGAUGGUGAUUGUAAUUUAAAUGUUACCAAAAGCAACAAAAAUAUGGUAUUUGACUUGUCAAGUGAAAUUUAUUUAAGUGAAACUGAGAUAGCUACUUUGAAAUCACUCUUGGCUUCUUCUUCUGAAAAGGAAAUUAGUUUACUUUUUCAAAAAAUUAAUAAUGAAAAGGAGUACUCUGAUAUUGCAACUAUGGAUAUUUUUUCAUUUCAAAUGAAGCUACAGAUUAUGAAACACAUUAUGAAAUGUGCACAGGAAAAAUCCAUGCUGGUAGCAUUGUCAGAGUCUAUACAAAAUUGCUUAUCCAAUCUUCAAGUCUUAGUUUCACAAACAUGUGAUUCAUUUAUUUGCAAAUAUAUGAUUGCAAUACCAACAUUAAAUUUUGUUAGUUUUGCCCUUCAGAUGGGAAAGGUUCUUGAUAGUCAUACUGUGAUGCAAACUCUUCAUUUCUGUGCAUCAUUGAAGAUUGAAAUUCAAUUUAAUAACUACCUAACAUUCAUUAAAACAUUUAAUGCCAUAUGGGACAUUGUUUAUGGCUUGCUCACUCAACACACUUCUCAUGUUCUAUCAUCAAGACCUGCUUUCAUGUUUUUUGUUUCUCUAUUAUUAAAGGCUUUAGUCUCGUUUGGUUCUCAAGAUGCUCUAUCGCUGUGUGUGAAAAGUAUCCAUCAGCAAAUGCAACUCUGUGCACAGAACAUUGAAAGGUUGUUUACGAUGAUUUCUAGAAAUAAACACGAGUUUGAAAAAUUGGUGCCUUAUCUGAUUGCAGAUUAUGUUGAUGCAGUGCAGCAUGUUACUUUAGAACCAAGCAUAAAGGAACAUAUAAUUUUAGGUAUCAAUAGGCUUUUGAAUAUCUGUAGUGAAGAUGCUUUAAAAAUGUUGGCUGUUAAUGUAAAUUUCAGCUGUAGAGAAGUUUAUACCAAUUUAGUGAAGAAUUUUAAACAGUAUCGAAAUUAUGGAACAAAUUGAUUUGAAUGUCUCAAAAAUAUAAUUGUCCAUAAUUUAUUUAUUUUUUAUUUGUACAUAUAAAAUGUUAUGUUUUCAAAUAAAAUUUAU